AUGACCUCUCCUAUUGGAAACUUCCAACAACCGUUCACCUAUGGUAUGCAGCAGUCACCAGGGAUGUUUCAGCCAGCACCCCCGGCGCCGUCAACUCCGCCAAGUUGUGCUUUACAGAUCAUGGAAGAUAUUAAAUCCAUAAAAACGUCACUUCCAAAUAUUGAAAAGACAGUUAAUACCAUCAAUCUCAAAAUAUCGGACAUGGAUAUUAAAAUCAACAAUCUAGAGUCAAAGGUUACGGAAGUAGAAACGUCAUGCAGCUUUAUUAGUAAUGAGUUUGAAAGACAGAAAACUGAAGUGAACGAGGCAAAAAUUGAAAUUAGAAAAUUGCAACAAACAUGUGGUGACUUAAAAAAUCAAUCGCACGAAUUUGAAAUCCAAAAAGAUCAAAUGAACGACAAGCUCUUAGACUUGGAAUCAAGAUCAAUGCGGGAUAAUUUGAUUUUCUACGGAAUACAGGAACAUGGUCCCGAGGAAAACUGUGACACUCUUGUAAAGGAUUUUAUAGCCUCUAAACUCGGCAUUGAAACAAAAGACUUGUUAUUUGACCGCAUACAUAGAUUAGGUUCAAAUAAAGCACCAAAGCCCCGACCGAUCGUCGGUAAGUUUCACUAUUACACCGACAGAGAAAAGAUACGACAAAAAUCGUACGACGAAGGCGUAAAAAAACAACUGAAAGAGGCCAGGCAGGGGGUCGGUGUUCAGAGACCGCAACAGACCAGGGAUGCCAGGAAAGCGUUAUUUGAUAUCAUCAAAGCUGAAGAAUCAAACGGGAAAACCACAAGGCUUGCUGGAAAUAAACUUUACGUAAACGGCAACCUCUUCAAGACAUACGUCAACGGGAAAGUAUGCGAUCCUCCACGUUACAACGCACAGGGCCAGAACUAG